AUGAGUGCAGACACCGUCAAACAGCCUGUUGAUGUACUGCACACCGUCAAUCUGGUGACACAAUGUCUGUGUAUACCGAUCAUCACCCUCUUCGUGGCCAUGCGGUUCUCCAUCCGCUUAUGGUACCGACAGUUUGUGGGAAUUGAAGACUGUACGUCCCGAGUCAAUGCAAUCAACAGAACGAACGCUAACAUCAGUAGGGCCUUGUUCAUGGGAUACUGCGCCAUCGCCAUCAUCAUUGGCAAACAUGGCGGCGGAUACCAUCAAUCUGAUAUUCACGACCAGGCAACGAUCGUGUCCUAUUAUAAAUUCUGCUACAUCGCCACCGUCCUCUACUGCCCGAUGGCCCUCUUCGUCAAAAUCGCCCUCCUCUCCAUCAUCAUCCGCAUCUUCGCACCGUACAGAACCAAGAUCAUCUUCAUCUACGUCCUACUCGGCUGUCUGUGCAUCUACUACAUCAUCGCCGAGAUCAUCAAGAUCCGCAUGUGCAAUCCCAUUCCGUCCUACUGGGAGGGCACCCCAGGGCGCCACUGUUUCGACCAGAGCGCGGCUCUCCUGGCGGACUCGAUCAUCAGUGUCGUCAGUGAUCUGAUCAUCCUCAUUCUGCCGCUGCCCUUGACCUGGUCGCUGCAGAUGUCGCGGAGCAAGAAACUGCGGGUGAUGGGGAUUCUGUCGGCGGGGGGUCUGGCGACGGCGUUUAGUAUCUAUCGGUUGAUUCUCGUGCUGCGCGACGGGAAAACGACGGACAUGACCAUCUUCUUCAUCUGCAUCAUUCUCUCUGGGAACGCCGAAGGAGGCGUCGGCCUCAUCUGCGCCUGUCUCCCGACCCUCAACAUCCUCAUCAAGAAACUCCGCACGGCCGGCUACAGCUCCAAUAGAUACUAUGAACAGGACUCAUCCGUGCACCUGAGUCAAAUGAAGGGGGGCAACAACAAGCGGUUCUCCAAGGGGGCUUCGAAGAGCGAUACCUACGUGGAUGCGACCGAGUUUGGGUCCGAUCAGAGCCAUUUGAUUUCGUACGCGGGCGCGGUGGACGGGGAGUCGCGCGAUACAGCGAUUGGCAUCCAGAAGACAGUCGAUGUAUCGCAGACAGUCGAGAUGUUGGAUCAGGAUGGCAGUGACCAUGGUCAUCCUGCUCGACAGUCUGGACUACAACCUCCCUUUUCGCGGUCUCUGCACACAUCUAGAAAGCAGGAGACACGAGGAGAUGAUCCUCAGUCUAAAGAUGGCAGCGUCACCGAGACCACCCCCGACCGUGGUCAAGAUGUGCUGCUGACUCUCCCAACCAUCGCGCGAACAGCAGACCAUCACGUCUUUCUCGUGCAAGACGACAUCCAGACAUUCCUCAACACCGACCUGGAUCUCUCUCGAGUCAACAUCAUCCACAGUCUUCUCUGGAUGGCCGGCCGACCGAUGAACGCCCGGCCCCUCCAGCGCCAGAAAAUGAUGGGCUACGAGAUCAUCCCAACCGAACGCGCGGACCUGCAUCUCCUGAAAUUCUCGACCAGGCUGCUGGUCAAACCACUCCCCGAGUACAUUCUCGACCACGACUUCUGGACGCGGCACCUCUGCUCCUCCAGGACGCUGCACGAAUCCGCCAGCGGACUCCUCCUCUCGUACAUGUGGCUGAUCUGCACCCCGCUGGACCUGCAACUCGCACACGAUCACAGCCUCCUCCCCAAGGACCUUACCUGGCCCUGGUGGAAGUCCUUCGUCACCGAAUUCUACGCGCACGUCGACGUCAACGCGCUGGACACGGUCAACAAACGCUACCAGUUCGGGGAGCUGCGGCUCGGCCGCAUCAACACCAUCUACCGCGUGCGGUUUUUCCUGUCGCAUUUCAUCCGCGGCUAUCUGUACGGGUAUAACCGGUACGUGGUCUUCUACGAGCGCAACUUCGCCUGGAUGUUGAUGAUCUUUGCGACGUUCUCGCUGGUGCUGUCGGCCAUGCAGGUGGCGGCGGCUGUGCCGCGGUUGAAUGACAGUGCGGCGUUCCAGGACACGACGUAUGGGUUUGUGGUUCUGUCGAUUGUGGUGGUGGCGGUCUUUCUGGGCGUGCUGGGGACGCUGUUCAGUGGGAUCUAUGUGUUUAAUAUGUUUGCGGCCAUAUCCCAGUGUCGGAGGGAGAGGUUCAAGAGGGAGCAGCUUGCAAGGAGGAGGAUACAGGGUAGCUAG